CAAUUAUUUGAGAGAGGGCUCUUUUUAUAGUGAAUAGUGUAUUCUCUCAUUCCCACGUGAACUCCACGAACUUUCCACCACAUAUUCAAAUUUUGGUGCAUGCCCUUUCCCAUUAAAUAAUGGUGGGCCCAAAAAAGGAAAUAAUGGACCAAAGCCUUUGCCUUCCUCCUUGAAUUUUUCUCCGUAGCUUCCUCUGAUCUGUGUCUUUCUUUGUUUUAGCCAGUUGCUCUUGCAUGUUUGUCUUUUUACUCCUGGAGAGGAAUCAAGGGAGGCGUGAAUAUGUACUCGACCCUAACAUCACCAGAUCUGUGGAAACAGCACCGGUUGGCUCCCGCGGUGGCAAUGUCGGAAUUCACCGUCUAAGAACAAAUCCAAAAUGCCCUUUGAUGAAAUCGCGGCAGCAGCUGGUAAUCUUCUUCUUCCUCUUCAACCUCGACCUAGGAGUGAUCCAAUACUGGGGCGGUCGUGAAAGUGGUGACAGCAGAAGUUUUUGCAGUGGUCGUGAAUCUAGGCAGAGCACCGGUCAGCAAUACUAGAUAGAUCUUGAGCAAGCAACGACAGACAACAAUGCAGCGGCGUUGGGGAAUCUGUUGGGGAGCAGAGGCAGAAGUUGGGGAAUCUGUUGGGGACAACAAUUGCGAAGCAGAGGCAAAAGUUGAGGAAUCUGUUCGCAGAUGCCGUUCACCAAGCCUCCAUCAGCAGCUCCAAUCCGUCGUCGCGGCGUUGAAACGGCUCGGGGAUGGGCCCCACACGCACGCGCUGCUCUUGAUGUCGCACCGCCGAAAGCUACAGACCAACAUGCAGCCGCUCCGCCCCUCCGGCGUGACGCACGGGGUGGCGUACACGGCGGCGCUCUCGCAUCUCGUGUUCUCGACGAUCGCGCAAGGGGCGAGCGAUUCGAUGAGGAGCUGGCGUAUUCGUCGGAGCUGGUGACGUGGUCCGUGAGCGAGACGGAGGCCUACGCGCGGCUCAUAACUAGACACGUCCUGGCUUCUCCGGUGGCGUUCGAGGGCUGAGAGCCGUCGCGGAGUGCGUCCAGAUAUGCUUGGGCCACUGCUCGCUUUUGGAAGCUGGAUGACUAUCCCUUUCGCCGGUUCUGUUGAAGCACUUUAGGCCUUUCAUUGACCGAGCAUUGACCGCCAACCUGAAAAGGAUCAAGCAGUGUACCACCGCACUCGCGGCGGCGGAUGAUUGGCUGCUUGUUCAUUCGCCGAUGGAAUCGCGCUCUUUUGGAACCUACACCAAUGCUAAACGUGGAUGGCGACUUCUGGCCGCUCCAUUAAUUCUAGUGUGGCGGCACUGGCACAUCUCAAUCCAUUCUUUUGAUCUGCACUUCUGUCUCAAU